CUCGCGAUAAAAGAAAAACUUAGUCAAGUUCCACUUACGAAGGCGAUAACACGCAGAAUCGUCAACGGAAGUAAGUUAACGAGAAAAACGGAUUUUGUUACGUUGUGAAGUCAUUGAUGAAAGUGACGGUUGCGGAGCGAAGUUCUCCGUUGUGAUCGUGUCUGAUAAGUUUCAAGGAAAGCCAUUGUUGGCGCGACAUAGGCUCGUCAACUCAGUGCUAGAGGAGGAGUUGAAGACGAUACACGCGUUCAGUCAGAAAACGCUCACAGUGGAACAAUGGAAGAAGUGAUUUAAUAUAUGUAAAUACAAUCGAAUGUAACGAUCUGCUGUUUUAUUGUUCUCUCUGGUAGUUAGAUAUGGAUCGGUAUUAUUGUGUUAAGUUGUCCGCGCCGGGGAAGGUUAUUUUGCACGGGGAGCAUUCAGUCGUGUUUGGGAAAACGGCAAUAGCAGUUAGUGUGGGGCUGCGUUCAUCGAUUUGCAUCAAGGAAAUACAAGAAUCAGUCUUUAAAGUAAAUCUACCAGCUGUUGGAUUGCACGAAACUAUUUCGCUAGAACUUAUUAACAAAGAAUUAUUGAAUCACAAAACAUCCUAUAUCGAAGCUCCAGAGGCGCUUGCACAUGAAGAACAUUUAACAAGAAUUGAGAUAUUCGUUAAAGAUAUAAUUUCAAAUUUCGAACAUUUACCGAACGUGAAACAGAACGCGUUACGCAGUUUGUUCUAUGUUGUCUUUGGUAUCUUUGGCGGGAACGCGUUCGAAAAUGGAUUGGAGAUAACAAUUGUUUCUGAUUUAACAAUUGGCGCUGGGACUGGCAGUUCGGCUUCUUUUGCAGUAUGUUUGGCUGGAGCGUUAUUGCAAUUAGCAAAACUGAAAAAGGGAAUCAAGGUUGACCGACUGAGUUUAGAUGAUAAGAAGCUUAUAUCCAAAUGGGCGUUUAAUUGCGAAAAGAUUACACAUGGUACUCCUUCAGGCAUAGACAACACAACAUCUACGUUCGGCUCGCUAGUGACAUUCCGGAAGGGCCAAGAGCCAGGUCUCCUGGACAUAAAGUUAGGCUUACGCAUAUUGCUUGUGGACACUGGCGUCAGUCGGGAGACCAAGGUGUUAGCGGCUAACGUCAGGUCGUUGAUGCAGAGGAAUAAACAAGCGGUAGACUGUGUUAUGGAAGCGAUUGAUCAUAUCGCUAAAAGCGCUUUGGAGAUUUUACAAAAUUUCUCGUCUUGUGAUCAAAAUGGUGGCAUCGAUGUGAAAUAUCAAUAUUUGGCGGAGCUAUGGAAUAUGAAUCACUGCCUCCUCGCCUCGCUCGGCGUCUCUCAUUCCGCGCUAGAGAGCAUUCGCGCGAGCGCGCUGGCCCGCGGGCUGGCGUGCAAGCUGACCGGCGCGGGGGGUGGGGGGUAUGCGAUCGUUUUGAUACCGCCGUCAACAAAGCAGAGUAUUGUCGAUGAAUUAAGCAAAGAGUUAUCGGCCAAGGGCUUUGUGGUGACUGACACCAUCCUAGGAAGUCCAGGGGUCACAUUGGACUCUUGAUUGGUGAAAUCUCUUAGGGCAAAUAAUGACAACAUAUUAUUUAAAAUUAGUAUUAGUAGUGAUUAAAGGGUUAUUUUAUGGGCAAAUAUCGGGUUACAAUAAGUAUUAUUUAUUUAUUUAUUU